AUGUUGGCGAUGUGGCAGAAGAAGACGGGGCAAAUUGUCAGGCCAACGUAUGGAGAGAUUCUGGCAUGCGGAGCCCUCAAGAAGUACAAUGCGAACGGCAAGGUGAACAAGGCACUGACCAGGCUGUACAGAAUCCUAGUCGCAGAGUCGGCAUACCUUAUCUGGCAGCUACGACUGGAGCACCGGAUCAAGCGUGACGGUCUGGACCCAGCGAGCGAGCAGGAGAUACACAACAGGUGGUACAAGCAGAUCGACCUGCGCCUCGAGUUGGAUAGGCAACUGACGAACCGGUCAAAAUGGAGGAAAAAGGCCUUACCACCAGCGCUAGUCAUAAACACAUGGCGAGGAGUGCUUGCAAAGGAAGACACACUCCCAGCGGAUUGGACGAAUCCCGCUGCGGAGCUCCAGGUUUUGGUGGGUCGGGAGGUGACGAUGAUGGGGUAG